GUGCUUAGUAGUUUAGUACUUGCUGCGGAAUGCUUAAGCUUUUAUGUAGAAUAAUUAUUCGUUUCACGUUUGUGAACUACAGUGCUCAAUUUACAAAUGAAGUGAAGAUUAUAUGUCCUUACAUUUUCCAUAGCAGGCUGCAAUUUGCAAAGUGCAAACUGCAAUUAAUAUGAUCCGUGAAAUAAUAUUCGCCUUACUUGCGAUAAUCACUGCUUCGAGUAUGUGGUCAUUAUUAAGCAAUGUUUUUCAUAUGGCGUUUAUCGAUAAUAUGCUGUUGGAUACCGUUAUUGGAGUUGUGGGUGCUGGUAACUUCUCCUAUUGGCAAUUGGGGCAUAGUGGGCCUCUACGAGUUGAAUUAACUUCUCUCAGUGGGGAUGCUGAUCUUUAUGUAGCUGAUAAUUUAAGACCAAGUUAUGAAUUUGGUAAACAUAACUUCAGCUCUAUAAGCUUUGGUGUUGAUAUUGUUAAAAUUCCUGCUGAUUUCCCAAGACCCAUUGGUAUAGGUGUAUAUGGACAUGGAGCCCAUCCAGUAUCAACAUACAGCAUCAAUGUUUUCCUAGAUGAUGGAGAUGCAAAUGAAAUAAGAUUUAAUAAAGUCAAAAUUGAAUCAACGGUUUCUAAACCGAAAGGAAAAAUUACAACAGAAAGAGUUGAAGAAAAACCACGCUUUUUAAAAUUUCUAAAUUUUUUAGAUAUGGUUUUUGAUACAUUUGUAUUGUGAAACUGCCAUCUUUAAUUCAAUUGUGAAGAUAGAAUUUCUGUUAUAACGGUUGCCAGACCGUAUAAUUGGAUACAAAUUGUGUAACAAUCCAAGGUGGCUAUGUAUUUGGUGUGCAUAUACGAUACACAAAAAUAUUCAACCUUAAUUGAAACAAGACUAUUGCAUUAUAUAAAAUAAUAUAUUAUUUGUUAUAGAUUCAUUCUCUAUAGUUUUUUAUCUGUUGUGUGUAAGAAUUAAAAUAUAUGAAAUGUUAAUAAUAUGUUU